UGUACUUCCCGUCGCGGAGAAAGUUUCCCAUAUAUAUGAACGGCCUGCUAGUAAGUGAGCAAAGGAAAGCCCCCUCUCUUUUCCUACGGUUGUGCUGCGUUCCAAAAAAGCAAAGCGCUUCUUCUUUUCGUCUGCUUUGCUGCUGUUCAUCAUGUCUUCUUUCCCCAUGUAUUCCUCUAUGCCGCGCAGAAUCGUCGAAGGGCCAGUAUCCCACGCCAAGUGGCCAUCGACAGAGUCGUUUCGAUCACCGGCGUCGCCCUGGGACGUCGACGACUCCACGGCCCAAACUGUCAGCAAGCUCAACUCGGUCUUUGGUUUCCGGCCGCCAACCGGAUACGCAAGAUCGUCACCCCGGACAUCUCCCGAUGAGGUGUCAAGGUACUCGCCGGAUCUGCAGCACUUCCGCUUGGAUCGGACCCCCGAGCUGCGGCACGACACUCCUUCGGAUGCGAGAACGCGGACGUCAUCUUUCGGGCCGGAGACACCUCCCACCAAUUCCGAAUCAUACUUCUCGUCGGAGCCGCUCGUACAGCCCCUGACGCCGGUUCGAAACAGCCAUCCUCACUUGCGUUCUCACUCGGACAGCUGUAGCCUCCAAAGCUUUUACUCGGAUAGCCAGUAUCGCGUCGGCACUGAAUCAACACCAACCAUUGGCCACGACAACCCCAAGCAGCACCGUCAUCAUGACUCAAUGUCUCGUUCAGGAGAUAAUGAAGACAAUCUACCCAAAAACCAAUCUCGAGAGACGGCCUCGCCACACCAGAACUACUCCGUUGCUCUUACCCGCAACAAUCGCGCCGUCACCCUCAUAUUGACCGCAGGUAGCUCACCACAGUCGAGACAGCCUAACAUCACCUGCUAUCGGCAGACAUCCCUCCCGCUAGGUGGGCCCUUCGCCGAGUUUUUCAAGGCUUCCGAGGCCAUGGCUUUGUUGCAACACAUGGUGAACGCUUCGUCCAUGUCGUACCAGCCGUUUUCGAAACGGGAGCGGUCCGAAUUGAUGCUGCGCAUGCGUACUUCCGGCGACGGGAUGAUCCUCGGCGACCCGUGCUCUAAUGCCCGCGCAUGGACGAGCUUCUUCUCCGCCGAGCUCGGUGCCGGCAGGGCUUGGGAAGCGGGCACGGUCAUCUUCCCGUGGAAGGUUCUGGAGAAACUGAUGAGCUCCCUCAACUCCGAGUGUGCGCGGAAGAGAAGGAUGCAAGCGCGCGCGGCCGCCGCCAUAGUCAGGCGCGAGGCGGACGAGUACCCCGGCUCUCGGGGCCCGGGACCCUUCCGGCAUGGCCACGAACACUCUCCCGGCAGUCGGCAUGUGUCUCUGCGGCUCGCCGGCGACUCGGAGAUGUUGUCCUCCGCGCCUAUGUCUGGAGUCUCCGGUGACCGUAACUCGGCAUCUUCCACCUCGUCUCCGCCCCGGACGCCGACAGAAGUACUCCCGCCCAAGCUCCAGCUGGUGUCGGAACAGCCUCAGUCCCCGCCAGCACAGGUCCGACGCCGACGUCAACACUCGGAGCCGGUCCGGCAACUGAGCCUGACGCCCCCGCGUAUCGCCUUGCUCAAGUCUAAGACCUGCCGGCAGAGCCUGCGCGGGCUGCACGCCGCUUCGUCGUCGCCUCGCCUCGAGUUCUACGACUCGAUACGGGCGUGGCCGGCCAGUUCUCACCGGACGCGGGUGAGGUUGCCGCCGUGCUCUCGGUUCUUGGAGAUGGUCGAGGCCGAAGGGACAGGCUCGCGCAACCAUACUGUCAUAUGUGGCGAGUAGUUCUUUCGUGGAGCGGUCUGGUUGCUGUCUUCAUUUCAUUGUGUAUGAUUUUUUUCUUUUUUUCUUUUUUUUUUCCCUUCUUUUUCUUCUUGGCCUUUACGCAGGCAACAUGCUUGGGUAGAUAAGAAGGCUCUUCCCUUUGUGGGUAGAGGGAUUCAAUCUUAUGGCAUUAGGGAGCCAGGCGAGAAAGGUCUGGUGCGUGAACAUUAGAUGAACGAGACGGAAGGGGUUUACGAGAAACGGGACAUGCGAAACAGGAAAUGACGGGAUCAAUGACAAAACUCAACAUUUUUUAGAAAGCAUUAGAUAGGUACGACAACGACGAAGGGAGGUUCGCUGGACGACCGACUGCUAGAUGAAUAGGUGAACGACGGGAACGGCUGGAAUGACUGUCGGAUAUGUUUCAUGAUCACAAACGUCUUGGGGGUUGGUCAUCGUCUAUUUGUACAAACUGGCUUGACGUCAGAACCAUUUUUUAGGAAUGCAGUGUAAACGAUCGUUGAGAAAUAAACUUAAGCGAAGCGUAUCAUCCU